AUGUUCUCCAUCAGCAGGUCAUCCUUCUCCUCCGUCAGCAGAUCCGCAACACAUGUCGUCAAGCGCUGGAAGUCUCAAAAGUCCAUUGAGGUGACUCUCAGGGCAAACGUCCAGGGACUCGGAAAGCCAGUUGGAAGGAUGAGGAACCAGCUUUACCCUAUGAGACUCGCCAACUAUAUCGACAAGAAUGCUCAACAUUUCAAGGAGGCCACCAUUGCCGGACAGAACGCCAUUCAGCAGAUUCAGGAGAUCAACAAGGCACAUCAACAAGCAGUCAAGAAGGAGCAGCGCAUCGUCCACUUGCAGGAUCUCCGCAACCGCCUCCAGGUCUUGCCUCCUCUGGUCUUCUCUCGUGCCGUCAACGAGGUCUUGCCCGGCUCAAAAACGAUUUUCGGAUCUGUUCAGGCUGAGGAUGUGAUCAAGGAGCUCAAGGAGAAGCACGGCAUUAUUAUUGACAAGGUUGUGGUUCAAGGCACAAAGAUCAAGUCUGUCGGUGACUCUUGGGCACGCGUGGAUCUUGCGGAUUUGGGAACUGUUGAGCUCAAGGUUGUUGUUGAGAGGCGUUAA